AUGCCUUACGUGAUCGGCUCAAUCUCAUACUCCUCUUCCAGUUAUAUCGACCAACUUCUCUCAGAAAACUCUCGGCUGAAAGAGCAGAUUCGUACUUCAAACACACCUAACCCUUCUCCGGCUAGUACUGCAGACACCGCGGUACCGCCUCAAGAAUCCUAUCCUUCACUCCAAAACCCUCUGUUUGGAGACCGGGCUUGGUUCUACCCAUAUGACUCGACCGCUCCUCCAAUCUACAUGGGGGACGCUGCCUGCACCGCAUUCGCAACGCGGUUACGGCAGUUUCUCACAGAGGACCCGAAUACAGCCCAUGUUGCACGAACUCAAUAUACACCUGAGUCUUCCUUGCUGGAGGGUGAAGCUCACUGGCCUAGUCUUGCUCAAGCCCGCUUACUAGUCAAGAUUGCUUUCAACCAACUUAGUCGUGUCUAUCAUUUGUUCUUGCGCAAGUCCACUCUCGAGCAGCUGGAAAGUCUAUAUCGCCUACCGUCUCUGCGAGAGGACCCGGCCUUAACAUGCAAGUUCUUCUCUCUUUUUGCCUUGGGCGAGGUCUACUCUUCGCGGUCGAUUUCGUCGCCGACUAGCCGGGUGCCAGGGACAAGGUACUAUGUACGUGCCAUGGGGAUCAUUCCCAUUCUACCAGAAAGACCAGGAAUGAUCCACAUUGAGAGCUUACUAUUACUGUCAUUAUACUCAUACUUCCUGAAUAGACGGCAUUCCGCUUACACGCUAAUUGGAAGCGCCAUGCGUCUGGGAUUAAUCUUAGGGCUAAAUCAUAAUAUUCCUGCUCGUCAAUGCACCGAUCCAACCGAGCGCGAACAUCGUGUGCGCCUCUGGUGGGCUAUCUAUAUCUUUGACCGCAUGUACACAUCGAAAAUCGGUCUCCCUCUCCAGAUCCGCGACGAUGAUAUCUAUGUUGACCUCCCAACGGCGGUUGAUAGCCCCGACGCUGAAGAGCAGUUUUCAGAUACCGCAUAUCUGGUAUCUAGCAUCCGUUUAGCCCGUAUCAUCGGACAGAUCGUAGAGAAAAUCUACACCCGCAAGCCCCACCAGGAGUCAUUUUUACAACGAGAGCAGCAGUUGCUGCUCGCAUUACAGGACUGGGUUCAGUCUCUGCCAGCACAUAUCAAGUUACCGGCUGUAGAGACUCCCCAGAAGCACGUCGUAUCUCUCCACCUGCAAUUUAACCAGUGUGUCAUCUUAGCCACCCGUCCAAUCCUUCUCCACGCCUUGUUCCAACAACGCGCGCACCGCGAAAAUCGCGAAGACACCCCCCAACCAGUCAUCACAUUAAGCGAGGCAUGCAUCCACGCCGCCCGGCACUCCCACACCCUUAUAAUCGAGGAGUGGGUCAACGGGUCCCUGCCCAUGUACGGGUACUUCUAUGCACAGUACCUCUUCUCCUCCGCCAUCAUCCUGGUGAUGUCAGGCCUUCUCCCCUCGAUCGGCACUACAGCCGAUCUAGAAUUCCUCGAGACAGCCAUAGAGAUCCUGCGCCGAAUGAAAGACCAUGGCAAUCUUGCUGCUGCAGAGUUUUACGAAAACCUGAAGCGAGUAAAGCAGUGCUUACCCAGCGGCUCUGGGGGUAUCGGUAUCCCCCAUGAUGGUCGGGGUUAUAGCCCUGAGCAAUCCCGUCUUUCGGUCGGCGGUGCUGCGAGUGUGGACCAGAUCUUAGAUCCUAGUGGUAUUUCCACGGUUCCUGUUGCGGGUCUCACUACUGAAAUGGCGUUUCUGGAACCUACAAUGCAGGAUUUCCUGGGCAGGACAUACAAUGAGAUGGACCUGAUAAACCCCAAUGUAUUCUCCAUAGAUGAGUCUACUGGCAUAGAUGCCUGGCCGGCUACGUUCUGGACAUCAUGA